AUGUCAAUCCUUGAACCUAUUUAUCUUGCCAAUGUUGCUCUUUAUAUUAAAGAGUCUAUUGAAUUAAUUAAUUUAAUAAAAGUAAGUUCAUUUUGUAAAGAAGGUGUUCAAAUGUUACACCGUUGUUGUUUAUUUAAAAAUCACUUAAAUCAAAUGAAGAAAAUUAUCCCACAAUUAUCAACAAUAGAAAUAGAUUGUGUUGAUCAAUUAAUAUUAUAUCAAGAUGAAUUAGAAACUAUUGACUCUAUUAUAUUAAAUCAACCAAUUUAUUCUCUUGAACAAAUUCCAAUAUCAUUACUUUCUCAUAUUUCAUCAUUAAAAAUCACUUCUCCAAUUGAUUUAUCACUACUUAAUAAUUUAAAAGAACUUAUUAUUGAUAUUUCUUCAAAUAUUCAAGCAGCUCAAAAUCUUAGUCAAUUCUUUAACUCAAUCCAUCCUCAUUUAAAAGUUCAUUUUAUUGUUUCAUUAGGAAUUGAAAGUAAUUUCUUUAGAUCAAUAGAUUAUUACUGUUUUGAUGAAAUUAUUAUUGAAUUUUUAAAUGAAUUAGGAAAAAAGUCAUUUGAUGAAUUACUUAGUAUUCCAUUUAUUGAUAAAAAGUGUAAAAUUAUAAGUAGAAAUCAAACACUUUCAAGUCAUAACCAUCGAGUAUAUUAUUUUUAUCCAUUAAUAGAAAUUCACAGUAAUAAAGAGAUAGAAAUUUUAGAAUUAAGAAAUGUUCAAGAAUGUGUUAUAAAUCAACAACACUUAGAAGAAAGUAUUGAUUUAAGACAAUUAAAUUUAAAAAAAGUUAAAAUAAUUGGAAGUAAUAAUAUUCAACUUCCUUCAUCAAUUGAAGAAAUUGAAUUAGUUCGUACAUAUAUUGAUUUAACUGAAUUUCAUCAAUUAAAGAAAAUGACUGUUGUAAGUUAUAAUCAACAAAUAGAAAUACCUGAAAGUGUAGAGAGUAUUAUAUUAAAACAUUGUAGAAGUACUUCAGUCCUUUGUCAUUCAAAGAAAGUUAGAGAAUUAGAAAUUUAUGGACAGUGUCAAUUUUCUCUUCCACUAAGUAGUCAAUUAAAUAAAAUUGUAUUUGAUGGUAUUCAACUUCAAAAAGAUACUUUUAAAGGAAUAAAUGAAUUAAAAAACCUUCAUUUAAUUCGUUGUAGAGUGAAUGAAAAAAUAGAAUUUCCUAAAAAAAUUGAACAAUUAAUUACAACUGAUAAUUGUAUUCCACAAGGUUCAAUUGAAUUACAUCAAAUUAGUAUUGAAAAAGAAGGAAGAACUCAAUUAAAUUUAAAGGAUUUUAAAGGAAUAAAAAAAAUUGAAUUUGUUGGAUAUACUUGUUCUGAUGCUACUAUUCAAAAUUCAUUAUUACCAAUUUCACUUCAAUCCAUUUGUUUUAGACAUUGUUGUGGAGAUUUAAAUACAAUUAAAUAUAUUCAAAGUAUUCCACAUAUUGAAUUAAUUGACUCACCACAAUUACUUCUAAUAUAA